UUUAGUGGGUCUCUCUCUAGCAGGGUGACAGGUCCCAAAACAGUGGAAACCGAGGGAAGGAGCGCCUAUCUGAAGAAAAGCUGUACCUGAAAACCUUUUAUUCGAUCCACCGGUGGAUGCUUGACUCGCCCUGGGGUUGGAUUAACUUCACGCCACUCUUUUUUAGUUUUUCUUUUUAAUUUGCUUUAGGAGAACACAAAACUCACCCGAAAACAAUGGGAUCCCAGGCAUCCAAGGGAGAGGUGGCUGUGGAGGCGAACGCUGCCGCCGCUGAUGCUGCAGCUGUCAAAACCAACGGACAGGAGAACGGCCAUGUGAAGACCAAUGGUGACGUAUCUGCAAAGCCUGAUGGGGAUGCCGCCGCUACCAACGGCUCAGCCGAGGCAGCCAAGGAACCCGAGGCCGGUGCAGGAGGCGAUGCCAUCGAACCAGCCCCCGCUGCGGAUGGCGAAGCAGCCAAAGCGGAAGGCGAGGCCGCAGCCAAGGAGACCCCCAAGAAGAAGAAGAAGAAGUUCUCCCUCAAGAAGUCCUUCAACUUCAAGCUGAACCUGAAGAAAAGCAAGAAGAGCGAGGCCGUGAAAGAGGAAGCGGCAGCGCCCGCUGCCACCGAGGAGAAGCCAGCUGAGAACGGAGCUGCUGCUGCUGCGGAGGAGAAGAAAGAGGAGGUGAAGGAGGAGGCCGCCACCACUGCUGCCGCUCCGGAAGAGGCCCCGAAGGCAGAGGAGGGGCCGGCUAAAGAGGAAGCCCCCAAGGAGGAGGCCAAGGAGGCAGCUGCUCCAGCCCCCGAGGCCACGAAACCAACAGAGGAGAGCAGCUCGACCCCCGCUCCCUCUGAAAAGAAAGAGUGAUUGUAGCUCACAAUGAACUGUGUGAACUGUUUUUCAAGAGAGAGAGAGAAAAUUUAAGAGUAUAUAUAUAUAUUUAUAUAUAUGUGUAUAUGUAUACAUAUGUAUGGAUAUAUGUAUAUGUAAAUAUAUACACAUGUAUGUGAGAGACUCCUUCGACGUGCCACUUUUCGUCAUGGUAACAAGACGACAGACUAGAUUCACUAGAUCACUUCCCUGGUUACUGGUCAACAUCUGGACCUUGACUUUGAGUUUUAGGCUGUGGGUCGGUCGCUGCGUGGAAAAUGGAUUUUAAUGACUGGAGUGCGAGCUCAUGACACCGUGAUGGGAUGGACGGAUGGAGAUGGAUGGGGUCGAAACAUCUUUUCCCUAAACAUCCACCGAUCAAGAUGCCUCCUUCCUUCCUAGAGGAAUGACGCUAGAUAGGAUACUAGGACACCACCACCACUUGAAAUGACUGUUAAAUAGAGAAAAAAAAAAUGAAAUCAGAAAUUAAAGAGACUUGCCAACUUUUUACAUUCCUAUAUUUUAACCCAAAUUUGAAGUAUUUUGUGGUGUAUUAUAGAGAACCAUCUUAAAGAUUCAGAGAAGCUAUGUCUUGUUUGUUUAAAGAAAAAAAAAUAGACAACUUUGAUUUUUACCUUACUAUAAAAAAAGAAAAAAGAACACUUAAGCUUGCUAUGUUCACUGUUGCGGUUUGAAAUGAAGCAGAGUUGUUUAUCUGUCGUGUGUGAGCCUGAAUCUGCUUUGUCUCUGUAAAUACGUUGGAUUGAUUUCUGUUCUUUAUUUUGCUAAUGUUGACAGAUGUUACUGGUUUUAUUGUAAAGUUGAUAAUGGUAAAUAAAUGUUGGUUACCUGCCCAUUUA